UAGUCACGUGAUGGAUCAUGCACUCGUCCAUCAGCGACCAGAUGAUUGUUCUAGAGAACCCGUCAUGCGGCCUGCCCGCCCAUCAUCACCAAGAAACCAAGACGUGUCAUAUGUGUUAUCAAGUGUAUUCGGGGAUCUGUACUCCCAAGAUGUGCUUCAAGACGACACUAUCAUUAAUUUAGAGACAAGUAGGACCCACGACCCAGACUUUCAUGACUACUAUGUUCAACUUCUUAACGAGAUAAGAACUGAGAGAACGGAGAGACUUGCAGCGCUGAAGACAGUAGAGGAGCACAUGGUUAGCGCUUUUAACUUGGCGUCAGAGCAAAACAUGGUGCUUCAGAGUGAAGAGUCUCAGAAUAAUUUGGGGAUCCCCGAACGUCACGUGGGUAUCUCCAGUUAUCUUGACGAGGAAAUGUUAGCAAAGUACAACCUUCUGACUCCGGGAUCCUACCUCCGACCCUCCCCACCCUCUCUUAACCCUCCCUCUGUUCCUGAACUUCCCAACUUCAUGAAAAAUACCGAGGUAAUGGAGGAACACGAGAGAGCACGUAUGAUACCCAUAAACAGAGACACGGCUCUUUUAGCUCCAGCUAAAAUUAAACGUUCAACUUUGUCUGCAGGUUCUGCAGGUUAUAUUAAAGUACAGGCUCCAACAAGGAAUGCCUGGAGAGAUAGUAUGCAUCCUGAUGUUCGAAUCGAGGAACAAAAGGGACUUGAGAAACUGCAAGCAAAGAGUCAUUUCUUGAAGACGAAAAGAUUCGGAAAAGAUGAGACGGAAGAACAAAUCUUCUGCACCGUACCAUCUAAGAUACAUUUCGAAAACUACAAGAUUGGCGAGAAUUAUGAACAGAAACUGAAGAUAAAGAAUGUCAGUAAUUCUAGUAGACAACUAAAAGUGUUGCCACCCAGAACGAAGUAUUUUACUAUUAGCAAAAGUGCUGACCCUUCACAAGGUGCUAUAGCUCCGGGACUCUCAGUAGAGUACACGGUCACAUUCCUGCCCGGGAGUCUGGGACUCCACCUAGACGAGUUACAGAUCAUACCACAGGGUGGUGCUCUGACUAAUGUACCGCUAGUUGGAGAGCGGCCCCCACCCAAACUGUCACUACCUGACAUACUGGAUUGUGGUUAUUGUCUUGUUAACGGCACUUUAAAGACACAGUUUAGAUGUAAAAACUCCGGAGGACACGGAAUCUUCCAACUCUACCCUCACGGCACUAUUUCGGAUCCGUUCCUGUUCAAUGACCUACUUCCACCCAAGUUCACUUUUGAAAGUAACGGUUUUACAGUGACACCCACUUCCUUUGCUCUGGAUACUGGAGAUGAAGUUGUUAUUGAUGUAGAGUUUCGGCCGGGUGAGGUUGCACGCAGUACAACAAAGUUCACUCUGACAGUGGACAAUUGUACACAACAUGACUACUCGCUUACUGCCGAGUCUCAAUCUUGUAGAGUUCAAACCAUUGCUGUCAGCGGAGGUGAAAGUACAGUGGAUUAUGACAUUAGAAAUGAGGAAUCUGUCGAGCCUGUCACCAUCAACUUUGAGGAUCAAAAUCCUGGCACCACAGAGGAGAAAAUAUUUAUUCUAAGAAAUUGCGUGAACGUUCCUCUUCAUUUCAACUGGGAGGUCUGUAAAAUAUUGACGGAGGAAGAGAAAGGUGAAUCUGUCCUGCUGAGUGCUGAUCCUCAAGCUCCUUUCCAAAUAUCUCCUGCCAUUGGAAUACUUGAUCCAGCCGCUGAAGCUACCUUCUCCAUCACAUGCAAUCCUCAAAAUGCAGGAAAAUACGAAAACAUGGCACGCCUCUGGGUUGACGACAUACCAGCAAUGUUGCCAUCUGGCAUCGUUCUAGAACGAUUUGACGCCUUGCACAUCACCCUGACUCACCUGACUCAGCCACACCAGAUAAAACUAGAUCCUCCAGCUCUGGUAAUUCCUGGUGAAAAUGUUGUGGGUAACAUGGUGUCCAAAACUGUCAAGAUUGUUAAUGAGAGUUUGAGUGAUACGAAUGUGAGAUGGUCAUGGCCGGAAGGAGAUCUCAAAGUGUGUGUUCACCCUGAAUCUCUUACUGUCGGAGCGGGAUCAAGUCGAACCGUACAGAUUGAUGUUGAGAGCCUAUCAGCGGGUGAUAAGGAGAUACAUCUUACUUGUUCAUUGGAAAAUGUUGACAAGCCUCUGAAACUCUUCCUCAAGGCCAAAUUCCGUGGACCACGGGUGACGAUUUCCGGAGAUAGAGAGGAUCCGGCUAUAGACUUCGGCUUCAUUCACUUCAGAGAGAACUGUUCAGUACAGCGACAGUUUGAGAUAAUCAAUCAUGACGGAGUUCAUGCGAAAUGGAGUUUGGCUGAAGUUGAUCAUUGCGUCGACAAAGAUUAUGGUCAGUCCGAGUUCCAGUUUUCAGAGACCGGGGGUGAGAUUGGACCCUACGAAGUUAGAGCUCUUCAUGUUAUCUUCCGACCUCAUCUACCAAGAUCCCUUAAGUCUUUCAUUGAAUGUACCGUAGAAAACGGGACCGGAAACAAACUGAGGGUGGUAGGAGAAAUUCAAGAGCCAAAUGUGGUACUAAAACAAUCUUCUAUCGACCUUGGUGUGAUUUAUAUGGGUGUGCCAGUCAAGAGCCAAAUUGUUUUUGAGAGCUUGAACUUUGCAGAUUCGUCCUUUACUGUAGCAAGUGCUGAAGGAAGAGAUAAACAGUUUGGGCACAUCGAAUUCGAUAAGAUGAGUAGCUCGAUAUACGCAGGGGGCACCCACACUAUCCCCUUCAAAUUCACGGGCCGAGAAGCAGCUAAAAUUGAAGACUUUACUGUGGUAUUCAACAUGGACGGCGGGAAAGUUCUAGCUCUAGGAAUCAAGGCAGAAGUUCGGGGUCUGCACAUCGUACACGAGACCCCUGAUGUUGACCAGAUAGCACCAGAAACAGGAGCUGAGCAGCUUGAAGCACCCAUCUUGGACUUCGGCACUACCGAAAUACUGACACCAACAUCCAGAGUCCUGAAGAUAAUCAACAAGUCCCACAUUUCAACCAGCUUCAAUCUCCGAGUGAUUCAUUUCGAUGGGGCAGGAUCUGUGCCACCACCCCUCUCUGCUAGAGGCAUGACAAACUUGUCUGAACGAACGUUCAGGUCCGCUUCAAACCUACUGACCAGGAGCAAUGCUCUACUGGAUCCCAAGUCUAAGAGCAGGAAGCAAAACGAUCAGGAAUACUGGAAAGGACAACUGAAAGACAACAAAGGAGCGUGUUUCAUUGCCAGCCCUGCUUCUGGAUACCUUCCUGGUAAUGGAGUUACCAUAGUAACAAUACACGCUAACUGUGAUAUGUGGGGUCAGUACAGUGACGUUUUAGUAUCUCAAGUCGGAGAUAUGGAAGCUGUCGAGAUACCGAUCAAGCUAAACGCGAUUAACUCACCCCUGUACUACAAGCUCUCCAACAACAAUAAACCUACGGUCAGAUUUGGAAGCUACCCGCUCAACGAGCAGCCAGUGUCUCGCACGGUCCAUAUUAGCAACCAAGGUCCGGUAAAUAUCAGACUUGAUUGGGAAACCUUUAAUAUUGUCCCAGAGGAUGAUACACUAAUAGAUUUGAACUUCCAUAUCGGAGAUGCUUUCCCAGACAAGUCCGGAGAUAAAGAAGAAGUGGAAGAGGACGGUGAUUUGAUACGUUUGAAAGUGGUGCCCCACGAAGGGGAACGCUCUACCGGCCCCUUCAGUUUCUCUCCGGACCAAUGUGUUAUCCCUGCUAGGGGCAGCUCCAAGGUUACACUGCUAUUUGACCCUAAAUACGGAAUUGGGAAAUGUGACGGAAAUUAUCACUCAUUCGCUUUGGCUUAUCAGAGUCUAAAGGGGAACAAAAACUCAGGUCUCUGCACCAGAUCACAAGGCGAGCAGGUUCCUCCUCUGAAGAUCAUGAUGACAGGCAAAGUCGAGGUACCAGAAGUGGUGGUAACAGCUGAGGAGCAUGGAUUCACGUUCAAGCUCAUGGCUGGAAUCAUCAACUCCAGGGUUAGGGAGCACACCAAGAUUCACAAGAUGUCACUCUUAAACGGCAGUAAGUUGCACCUCCUGUUUAAGAUUUCAGCAUCCCUGCCGUUCACCCUGCUGGAUGAUAAAGUAGAGUACACUCUGACACCCAGACAGAAGAUAAAACUUGAUCACGGUCUUGUGCUCUCUGAAAAACUUCUCUCGUCCCUUCUUGGCUCUUCUAAACAAUCGUUCCGUUUGGAGUUCAAUAAAUCAGAGGGUGGUUUUGUAGAGUCAGAGGAAGGAAGGGUUGAGGUAAAUGUCGAGGAACAAUUACUUCACAAAACGCACGAGGUUAAUCUUUCCGAUGGAUCUGUUGAGACUAUCGUUCAACAGGUACCAGAGAAACGUUACCACCUCCACUCACACCUCCUCCUCAACUACAACAACGGACACCAGCAGAAUAUCCCAGUUCACUGCAGGAUCGUGCUGCCCACUUUCUACAUCUCCCCAGGAACUGUACAGUUUGGGACAUGUCUUGUUGGACAGACCUCCCACCUGACUGUCAGAUUGAUUAAUCCCAGUAAUUCUCCUCUGAGGUGGACAUCAGUGUACUCUGGUGAUACCGCUGAAGGAGACUUUGUGAUCAGCCCUUCCUCCGGAGAGUUUACCAGAGCAGACAGUGUGCUCCUCAAUCUGACUUUCACAGCCAAAUCCUGCAAACCCUCACGGGGAACUUACACAUUUACCGGUACCCCAGGAAACAGAACUCUACACUUAUCCCUUGAAGGUGUCGGGUCACAUGAUGAGCGUAUGCAACGUCUUCUGUAGCCAUAACAACCAUAGUCCUUGUGAUCAACUGUAAAAACGUCAGCUUUCUAAUCUUCUCUUGGCUACCAAUCUUCUUUGUUCUCAAUAAACUAUUCGACAAAUUUUAGGACUUGAAAGAGUAAUCAUAAAUCAUAAAUGACAAUUUCCGCUCCUACUAAAUCGCUCACCCAAAUUUUAAGAAAAUUCUUUUGAAAAGGUCCUUUGGGGUAUGAAAUUGAUCCAAAUCGGUGUAUUUUUGGACGCUGAUUCCGAAUCACCCCCAUGACGUAGGGUAAAAAUGCUUCCCUGGAGAGUUAUGGGCAAAAAACCGUUUUGGUCACGUGACAGGCUAGUAAAACAUGAAUUCGAUUGUUUAGGGCUCGUAUUAGGGUUACGGUUGAGAUAAGGGUUAUGGAUAACUUCGGGGUUAUGGUUAGGGUUAGGGUUGGGAUUAGGGUUUAUGUAAAACCGUUCUGUACGGCUGCAAAACCAUAAAAACCAAAGUCACGUGAAAUUUUUGGGUGAGCGAAUUUAUCGUAAGAGCCGACAAUUUCACCUCUUUAGAGGAUGUAAAUCAAUACCUCCGAAAGACUGUAGCAGCUUUAGUUAAAAAAACAUGCACACACUUUGUACUAGCCCAUAGCAAUUCUACUACUGUCUACUUGCACUAUUAUUUAUAGUAACGAAAACAAAUUAAAAUAUGUUCAAUGUUAUUUAAAACUCACAACUGAACAGUGUAAUAUUAAUAAACUAUUUAAAGGAGAAUCAUUUUAUCAUUUCUUGAUCUUGAUUCUCCUAAUUUGUUUACCAAAUUUUUACUUGAAAUUUAAA